CUCAAAAUUUUCCUAUAUAACGCUUUGGAAGUCCCUCCAAAAUUCCCAAUAUCGGAUGCAAUUCUAACGAUUCCAAGCAAACAAGGCCACUGAUUUUCUCUUCCUACACGCUGAGGCCUACCGCCCACCAUAUAGCCCUCAAAUUUCGUAUCCGCAGCCAAAAAUCGCCAUUUCUAAGGAGUAGAAGAUGAGGCUGUUGAGGGUAGCUACCUGUAACUUGAACCAGUGGGCGAUGGACUUCGACUGCAACUUAAAGAACAUUAAGGACUCCAUUGCUAAGGCCAAAGAAGCUGGUGCCGUUAUUAGACUCGGACCUGAGCUUGAAAUCACUGGCUAUGGAUGUGAAGAUCACUUCUUGGAGCUCGAUACUGUCACUCACGCAUGGGAUUGCUUGAAAGAAAUUCUGCUCGGGGAUUGGACAGAUGGGAUAUUGUGCAGCUUCGGGAUGCCUGUUAUUAUGGGAUCAGAACGUUACAACUGUCAAGUUUUGUGUUUGAACAGGCAAAUUAUAAUGAUACGCCCGAAAAUGUGGCUUGCUAAUGAUGGUAAUUACAGGGAGCUUCGAUGGUUCACUGCGUGGAAGCACAAUGAUCAGCUUGUGAACUUUCAUCUCCCAAAUGAAGUUUCAAAGGCUAUAAAUCAGGAUUCAGUGCCUUUUGGUUAUGCUUUCAUUCAGUUUUUAGAUACAGCUGUUGCUGCUGAAGUUUGUGAAGAACUUUUCACCCCUAUCCCUCCUCAUGCUGAGCUUGCCCUUAAUGGGGUUGAAGUAUUUAUGAAUGCGAGUGGGAGUCACCACCAAUUGAGGAAGCUUGAUCUACGUCUUCGUGCUUUUAUAGGUGCUACUCAUACCCGAGGAGGAGUUUACAUGUACAGUAAUCACCAAGGAUGCGAUGGUGGCCGCCUUUAUUAUGAUGGAUGUUCUUGCAUUGUUGUAAAUGGAGAAGUGGUUGCUCAAGGAUCACAAUUUUCUUUAAGGGAUGUUGAGGUCGUAGUUGCCCAAUUAGAUCUGGAUGCGGUUGCUAGCCUAAGAGGAUCUAUAAGUAGUUUUCAAGAACAAGCAAGUUGCAAAACCAGAGUAUUAUCAAUAGCAGUGCCGUACAAUCUCUGUCAGCCCUUUAACCUUCAAAUGUCUCUUUCCAGUCCCCUUAAGAUCAACUAUCAUUCUCCUGAAGAGGAAAUAGCCUUUGGCCCUGGUUGCUGGCUCUGGGACUAUCUGCGAAGAAGUGGAGCUUCUGGAUUUCUGCUUCCUCUUUCUGGCGGAGCAGAUAGCUCCUCUGUGGCUGCUAUUGUUGGCUGCAUGUGCCAACUUGUUGUUAAAGAGAUUGCAAAUGGGGAUGAACAAGUCAAAGCUGAUGCAAUACGAAUUGGACAUUACACCAAUGGGCAAUUUCCUACCGACAGCAAAGAAUUUGCAAAGCGCAUAUUUUAUACUGUAUUUAUGGGGUCUGAGAACAGUUCUGAAGCUACAAGACAGCGGGCAAAGGUUCUAGCAGAUGAGAUUGGUUCAUGGCACCUUGAUGUGUCAAUAGAUGGUGUUAUUUCUACAUUGCUAUCCUUGUUUCAAACUCUAACUGGAAAGCGGCCCCGUUAUAAGAUAGAUGGUGGCUCCAACACUGAGAAUCUGGGGUUGCAGAAUAUUCAAGCUCGGAUCAGAAUGGUGCUAGCAUUUAUGUUAGCCUCACUCUUGCCUUGGGCUCAUAAUAAAACAGGAUUUUAUCUUGUUUUGGGUAGCUCUAAUGUGGAUGAAGGAUUGCGUGGUUACCUGACAAAGUAUGAUUGUAGCUCGGCUGAUAUAAAUCCAAUUGGAAGUAUUAGCAAGCAGGAUCUUCGAUCAUUUCUGCGAUGGGCUGCCAUCCAUCUUGGUUACUCAUCCUUGGCAGAAGUUGAAGCAGCACCUCCAACUGCUGAAUUGGAGCCUAUACGUUCGAACUACAGUCAGCUUGAUGAAGUUGACAUGGGAAUGACAUAUGAGGAACUCUCAGUUUAUGGAAGGUUGCGAAAAAUUUUCCGCUGUGGACCGGUGUCAAUGUUUGAGAAUCUUUGCUACAAAUGGGGUUCAAGAUUAACUCCAUUAGAGGUGGCUAAUAAAGUGAAACACUUCUUCAAGUACUAUUCCAUUAAUCGCCACAAAAUGACCGUCUUAACACCUUCCUAUCAUGCUGAGAGUUAUUCACCAGAGGAUAAUAGGUUUGAUCUUCGUCAGUUUCUGUACAAUGCGAGAUGGCCCUAUCAAUUCCGUAAGAUUGAUGAAAUUGUUGAGGAAUUAGAUGGGCACAAAGUUGCUCUCAAAUCAGAUGACAAGGAAAAACUGGGAGCUUCUUCAAACGGGGUAGGGAUGGGGGUUGUAGCCGCAGGCUCAGGUGAUCCCAAAGCUGGCCUUCAAUUUUGAAGAGCGAGGUAGUAGCUUUCAUCACAGCUAAUAAUCUGCAAAAAAAAAAAUGGUUUGCAGCAUUUCAUUCAAAAAGAAAAUGUGAUGAAAUUAGUGUCCAUCUUGAUUUUUUAAAUCAAAGGCAUACAACAUAGUUUUCUUGCCA